AUGGUCCUUCAGUAUUCAUCAAAUGUCAUAUUAUUAUUAUUGCAGUUAAUAUUAUAUCAUCAAGAGAGUCUAUCACACCGUAAUAAAAAACUGAGGUUACCUAACUUAUUAGUUGAUCCAAUAAUUGAUGAAGCAAUUUUAAAUGAAUUUAAAAAUCAUACUUUAGUAAAAGUAUAUGCCCCAGAACUGUGUAAAAUCCAAUUACGAAGCUUAAGAAUGCUAGUCAAAGAAAUCUUUUCUGUUGGUUUUAAUAUUGAAGAAAAUGAAGAUAAUAUCAAUGGUAAUGUUAAACAAGAAAAUGUUUCUUAUUCUGAUUCUAAUCAAAAACAAGACACGAUUAUUAAUGUUAUCACACUUGCUAAUUUCUAUUAUGAUAAAAGAAUAACGGAAAUUGAAAAACGACUACCAGAAAUUCGUGAUGAAAUGCAAGAGACUCUAAGUUAA